AUGGAAAGACAAAAGAAGAUAGAAAAGUCAAGAGACGGCGUCCCAAUUUGGGACGGUGAUGCAGCCACCUUCCAGGAGUAUGAAGAAGCAUCGCUGUUGUGGGAGCAGGGGAUCGCCUCUCACAAGCGAUACCUGAGCGCUCCUCGGCUGGUGGCAGAACUCACGGGCACCGCCCGACGAUAUGUCUUGGGUAAAAGGCAUGACUGGGUGUCCUACAAUGGGGGUGUGGUCAAGCUCAUGGAGCACCUGCGCAGUCGACUAGGACUUCCGCAACUACCUGAACUCACAGAACACCUGACGCGUUACUUCAAACAAGGAAGACGCCGACGGGGAGAGACAAUGAACGACUACAUCACCCGGAAGACCGAGACAUACACCCGGGCUCAGCAGUCGCUUGGCCGAGUUUUGAAAGCCUAUGGACAGACCUCGAGCCGAUGGUCUGGAACCUCUUCACAAGUGACAUCGAGGCCUGACCUCCAGUGGCAGAGAUCUACUACCUCGGCUACGCCCUCAGUGCCCGAAGAAGAAGAAGUUGGAGAGAAUGAUGAGAGCCAGAACACCAUGGAGCCUGAAGAAGAUGACCCCUGGGCUCGCUCCUCACAGAGCCAUGGCACCCAACAGGGUUCGCAGUCCAGCUAUAGUGCCUGGGAUCAAUGGUGGGGACACGAUGCCUGGAGUCAGACAGCCUGGCACUCUGAUGAUGCCGACUGGACGACCGAAGCUCCAGAGAUCUUGCCUGACAUGAUCCAAGGCUGGUACCUCUUGGGUGACUCAGGCCUGGACACAGGCGAGCGCAACAUGAUCCUCGCGGCCAUCAAGCAGGACUUCAGCUUCGACAGGGUGGCUCAGGAACUUCGCAACCAGUGGCCAGAUGAUGAUCUUCGUCGACGAGAUCAGAACAACCGCCAGAGUGGCUGGUGGAUGGAUGAAGCUGACUCGGGUGAAGAUGACAAUGCGUUCAUCGCCAUGGAUGACCUCAAUGAGGAGGGACAAGCUCUGGUUGUUGCUGCCCAAGAAGAAGUUGAUCGUGCCCUGCUGGCGAUGCAAAAUGGCCGCAGAACCCUUCGAGAAGCUCGUGAGAAACAACACCAAGUGCGCAUGUCCAGGAAGUACUACAAGACUACGUUCCGGUCUGGUCCAAAGGGCUCAGGCAAGGGACAUGACCACAAGGGUACAGGCACUUGCCUGCGAUGUGGUGGUGAUCACCGGACAGCCAACUGUCCAAAGUCAACCUCGACGGCCGCCACAGCGUCUGAGGAGCACACUGCUCCUUUUGUGUGCUUCGCCGAGGGCGAUCCUCCAGAGUAUGCCCAGGGCAACUUGGUUGAGAAUGCCUCCACCGGCAGCGUCUAUGCAGCAGCACCUCCCUCAACGGAAGAUGUGGUGAGUCAAGGCAAGGCCGUGUUGGAUGGGGGUGCUACUCGCACCAUCGGCUCAGUCCGAGCCUUGGAGCGCCUCAUGGAGCUCAACUACGAGCGCAAUGGAUCCAAUGGUCUGAAGAGCCUGAACUUGGAUGAGAGACCUACGUUUGGUUUUGGCAAUUCCACACGCAAUCAGUGCGUGUCGACUGCAGCCUUCAAGAUCGAAGCUGAUGGUCGUGAAGGUCACCUACAGAUCCAUGCUCUCGACAGUGGCGAGGGACCUGUCCUCUUCAGCAUUGACUGGCACGAGGACUCAAAGACCUCUGGACAGCCGCCAGUGUCUUCAACGGCCAUGCCAUCCGCGCGCAUGAACAAGGAGGACUACAUCCUCGAGUUGCAGGGCUUGGGCGAGGAGGUUCCAUCGAUGUGGACCAUCCCCGAGCUGAAGGUGAGGAUCCAAGAGAUCAAGGAGGAACAAGGCAUGACCCUUCAGAGCUCUGGAAAAAGGAACACCCCUUUUCGAGUGUUGGCCAUCGAAAUGAACAAGUGCAGCAAGAAGAGGGCCGACCUACAGGAGUUCACCAGAACCCGCUUGCAGAUGCAUGUGACCGGGAACGAGACCAUUGCCCAGCUACAGAAGGCAUGCCUUCGCAAGAUCUACGAGAUCACACCACCGACUCCUCACGACCCCACGGGUUUUGGAGUCCACAGUGCCCUGUCAUACGAGGAGCUGUUCAUGACGGAGCCCGGCUAUGUGAAAUGGGUGCUACAGACAGCCUCCGAGGGCCAAGCCGAUUACCGGCUGUUGCGCCUGGCGAAGUGGCUGGAGAGCCGCCAAGUCGAACCAACCAAAGAGGUCAAGAAAGCUCUGAAUGCAAAGGCUCAGGGAGCCCGGAAGCAAACAGCAGCAGCGGCAUCUGUCGCAUCAGACAGCAGCUCGAAGUCGAACGAGGCCCUGAUCCAGAUGAUCCAGUCUCUCCAAGAGGAGGUUGCUGCUCUCCGGGAGGAACGCCCUCGCAAGAAGACCGAGAAGCCAGACGAACAGAUGACCGAGGGCUCCUUCAGGGCUUUUGGAUCCUUGGUAUCAGAGGGCCGUCCCAAGCUACUGGAAGUAGCCUGUUCCAAUGAAAGCAUUCUCACUGAGUGCUGGAGCCAGUACUUUGGCCUGCCAGACACCCUGCGAGUAGACCCCGAUGGCACGUUUCGCAGCAAUGCCAUAGCUGAAUACUGCGACCGACACAAGGUUUUUUUGGACAUCAUACCUGGAGAGGCACACUGGAAACUGGGAACUUGCGAAAAUGCAGUGAAGGGUAUCAAAGAGCUGAUGUCCAAACAAGCGCUCGCAGAACCAGACAUCACAGUGCGUGACGCGCUGUGGGUCUUCAACGAGCGAGAAAUGAUCACGGGCUACAGCCCCAUCCAGCAUGCCUUGGGCCGAGCACCAGAUGCUUCCGGCCGUUUGUUUCCUCGAGCAGGAGGCGACAGUCCUGACCUUUUGGUCGAAAAUGCCAAUGGAGAAUUCCUUCGGAAUUUGGAAAGAAUGAAAGUGGCUGAGCAAGCCUUUUUGGACUGGAAUAACGAACAGCGAGUUCAACGAGCCCUUAACUCUAAGGGUCGGACUGCUGUGGACUUUCAACCAGGAGAUCUUGUAUAUGUCUGGAGACAACAAGUGAGUGGACAAGCUAGCGUGAAGGGAGGCUCGUUUGUGGGCCCUGUGAGGGUAUUAGCAACCGAGCACCGCCACUCCAGUGAUGGAAGUUCAAAGGCUUCAAGCUCAGUCUGGUGCGUCCGAGGAAGACGCCUUUGGAAGUGCAGUAUGGAACAAUUGCGCCAUGCCUCUGAACGAGAAAAACUGCUACAUGAGCUACAUGGCCCGGUGGAGAGCUCUUGGGACUUUCACCGUGUAGCUGCUGAGCUCGGUGGCAAUGAGUACUUGGACGUCUCUAAAGAGGUGCCCACUGAAAUGGAGUGGGAAACAGCACAAGAUCCCGCUGGCAGCAGCUGGAUACCUACUCACCGAUGUCGGGGCAAGAGAGGACCUCCGGCCACCCCUAUGGAGUUGGAUCCCUUGGAUCAUCCACUGGCUCAAGAACCAGGAAAUAGAGCCGGUGCAGAACGAGCAAUCAAUGACCUUCCUGCCUUCUUCACCAACAGCUUCAAGCGCAGAGCCUCAAUUGAAGUCUCUGAAAAACACCUGAGUCCUGAGGAAAAGGAAAUCAACAAUUUCAUAGCUGCCAAGGCAUUUGAGGCCUUGCCAGAGAACCUGAAACCCUCCACAACACAGGCCAUCCGCAUGCGGUGGAUACUCACCUGGAAGUACAAACAAGACGGCACCAAAAAGGCAAAGGCGAUGGGCCUGCCUCCAGAGUCACUGACACGGGUAAAACGGGCAUGCUAUGGACUGGUGGAUGCACCUCUCGAAUGGUAUAGCUGCAGCGAGUGGCUGAAAGUUUUGGAAGCGGUCAAGAAGGAAUACAAAUGGAGUGACUGGGAAGAAGACAAAUUUGUCCAGUGCGGAGUCCUCAUCGAACAACACAGUGACCAGUCCUUUAGUCUGUCACAGGAAAAAUACGUUGAGGACUUGAAGUAUAUCAACUUAAGGGCCCACCGGAAAAGAGACAAACAUGCACUGACGGAUGAAUGGGAAAAAACCCAGUUGCGAGCGCUUUUAGGUAUAGUACUGGGCAUAGCGUCCAAGCGCAUGAGCCAUGGUGACUGCGUACCAGUGUCGCUGGCAGCUUGGCACUCGCAGAAAAUCGAGCGCCGUUGCCGCAGCCCAGGAGCAGCGGAAGCUUUGGUGGCCAUCAAUGGUGAAGACACCUUGUACUACGGCCGUUUCCAGCUGGCCGAAAUGAUGGGAGUCCCCGUGGAUGUCCGAAAUGUAGAUGCCACCGUCAACUCUAUUGACGGCAGUCUGGUGACAGACUCCAGGAACGUGUACGACAAGAUGGAAACUGAGACACUCAACAUCCGAGGGGCAGAGAAGAGAACUGAUUUGGAGCUCUUGGCUCUCAAGUCCGCACAAUGGAGAAACUAUGUGAAAAUACGGUGGGUUCAUGGCGAAGCCCAAUUAGCCAAUGGUUUGACAAAGUCCAACGAAUACAAGCAGUUAGAGCUGUUCUACGGGAUGGGCCAGUGCUGGAGGAUGGUUGAAGAUCCCGAGCGUGCUUCUGCCCGCCGCCGGAAAGCCGCAGGACUUGGACCACUAGAAUCCAGAGUUGCAACUCAGGAAGAACUUUUGGGGAAUAAGGUCUUAACCCCCUCUUGA